AACGCAUCGCAGAAUUUACAGGCGGCGACUUCAGCAGAUCCGCAAAACUUAAACAUAGACUGUCUCUGUGGCAGCCAGUGAAGUCGAGAGCAUUUCUGGUGUUUACUGGCACUCUGCGGAGGAGAGGACAUUUGUUUCGUUUAACAACAAAUAUAUUCUGCUUUAUUUACUCCAUUCCCUCAGAAUGAUCAGUAAAACGAAGGGAAUUGUGGGCUUUUGACAACCUCGGAGAUGGUUAGCUAACUUAACUUAGCUUAAAGCAACAACAACAAAAAAACUAGCUAGUAAUUGUUGCGGUUCCUUUGUUCGUUAUUCUUUGGUGACACAGCACCCGUUAAUCACCAGGAUAGCAUUAACACCAUCAAAAGGUGUUUAAAAAAAAGAAAAGAAGAAAAAAAGGCCGCAACUAAAGUCGAUGUCCGACUUUUGCUGACUUUACCUCGUUUUAACCAAAACGGAUUUCUCUUUGAACGGGAAAUAAAACACCGGGCAUUAACUUAGCGUCACCUAUACCAAGGACUUGAAUGGCCUCCAUUGUUGCAGUGAAAACUGAGAAGCGACCUGCAGCUGAUUCUCAGGAUGUGGAUGCGGACACGAAUGCAAAAAAGCCCAGGAAACUGCUACCCAGCCUGAAAACCAAGCGAGCCCCUGAGCUCGUCCUGGUGAUUGGCACGGGGGUAAGCUCUGCAGUGGCCCCCGAAGUCCCUGCACUCCGCUCCUGGAAAGGCCUCAUCCAGGCCUUGCUGGAUGCAGCCAAUGACUUUGACCUACUAGAGGAGGAGGAAAGUCGACGUUUCCAGAAGCACAUGCAGGAAGAUAAGAAUUUGGUUCACGUGGCCCACGACCUCAUUCAGAAACUUUCCCCGAGAACCGGCAACGUGCGCUCCACGUUCUUCAAGGACUGUCUGUAUGAGGUGUUUGACGAUUUGGAGUGUAAGAUGGAGCAUGCAGGGAAACAUCUCCUGCGCUCGGUGCUGCAUCUGAUGGAGAGCGGCGCCCUGGUUCUCACCACUAACUUUGACAACCUGUUGGAGAUCUAUGCAGCUCACCAGGGCACCAAGCUGGAGUCUUUGGACCUGACGGACGAGAAGAAGGUGUUGGAGUGGGCUCAGGAGAAACGGAGGUUAAGUGUCCUGCAUAUCCAUGGUGUUUACACCAACCCAAGUGGUAUUGUACUGCACCCUGCAGGCUACCAGAAUGUACUGAGGAACACUGAAGUUAUGGUGAGCCCUGUGGUUGUGAAUGAUGGAAUCACACCUGUACCUGCACGUUGGUGUAUUUUAAAUGACGACACGACCUUCCAGGCGCUGUUCUUGGAGGCGGUGAAACACAAGUCGGACCUGGAGCACUUCAUGCUCGUGCGGCGGGAGGACGUGGGCGAGUUCAAGAAGCUGCGCGACAACAUGCUGGACAAGGGCAUCAAGGUCAUCUCCUAUGGAGACGAGUAUGCCGACCUGCCCGAGUACUUCGAGAGGCUGGCCAAUGAGAUCUGCAACCGCGACGUGGCCACCAACGGCUGGGGGUCUCCUUCACAAACUGGGGAAGAAGAGCAAAAUGGCUUUAACACACAGAAAAGCCUCCUUCAAGACCAUCAUUCUUGACAGGCACACAGUCGGGGAUCAGUAUCAGUCAUUUUCCUUCACAGCUCAUGAGAUCAGUCGACUUUGAGUAGUACUCGAGUCUAACUACGGACCACGGGGGACCGAAAAGCCGUUUCAGUGUUCUGCAGAUGUCUGAUUUAAAAAAAAAAAAAAAAAAAAACUGG